CGCGCUACUCCUGAGUUUGAACGAGUCCAAGAGGGAUGUUUGUCAGAGAAGGGCCCUAGUAGCACGUCGUCGACGAAAGAAAAGGCUGACGACGACGACGGAGGACCGACUGAUCAACAGAUUGAGAGGAAAAGGCGAGCGACGUGGAACGCACAGAUGAAGGGCCUCUUUCGGCGGCCCAUGUCUGGCGGCGAUGGCUCGAGAUCCGCAGGCGGCGGCAGCAGCGAAGGAGGGUUGCAGAGGCAGAGCACCACCUCGGCGGCCGGUGGUGGGCCACUGGGCGCCCAAUUCACCAUUCCUCCCUUUCCCAAUCCCUUGCCCGAGCGAUCUCUGUCGCUCCACUGCACCCGUGGCGGCCUCGUGAUCCUGCCCAGCAGGCCAACGCCAUCGUCGAGCGAGGCGCAACAAGACGGAAAGCGCUCGACGAGGAGCACCCAUUCGCCGAGACCGUCUCUCAGCGGCAUCGCCGAGGACGUCGCCUCGGCCAAAAAGGGUGCUCAGGCGGCCGAGAGCGGCCACGGAGCCAGACUCCCGUGGUCCAAGCAGGCGAAGCCCGAGCGAGUGAAUGCAGCCGAGGUGAAGAGCCUGCUCGGCGACGACGCGGCCCUCGAGAUCCAAUGCUACGGCAUCGUGGGCAUUCAGAGACUCUUUAAAGACGCCUAUCUUCUCGUCAUCACCUCGAGGACAUUUGCUGGUGAUUUUGUGCACGUCGACAUGCCGGUUUACAAGAGCACGGCCGUACUGCCCAUUCCUCUUUCGUACGCAAGGGCAAAGGAUGUUUUCAAAGCCGAGUCAGAGAGGCAAGUCAUUGCGCGACUUGAAGCAGAAAAGAAGAUCGCUGCCGCAGCUGCCUCCUCCGCCGCUGGCGAGUCUUCAUCUUCGGAUGAGGAUGACGAGGAGGAGAGCGAGGCAGACGAUGUCGUCACGCCCAGCAUCGUCCCGAGAGAGUCCUUCCUCCAGAGCAUCAAGGACAAGUCGGCCACGGUCAAGCCAUCAAAAAGCGGACCUUGGGCAAACGAGGUUGUGAAGAGGUCCCGGUCUGCUUCCGACGAUGCCACUGCACCUCAGAGUCUGAAGCUCGACGUCGAUGCGCCCGGCGGCUUGCCCGAUGCCCAGCCCGCCGUUGUACAGGCUGUGCUGCCCGUGGAAGAAGAAGUGGCAAAGACUGGCACCAUUGACAACCGCGUCCUCACCGCUGAUCAGCGCUGGCACGAGGCGACAAAGGCCGAGCUGGAGGAAAAGGUCGUCAAGGAGACGGCGAGGCAGUACUCGAGGGGCGAGAUGUGGUUCUCCUACGACUUUGACCUCACGACGCCUCUGCAGCGCAAGGAAGAGCUCCGGCUCAACAAGGUCAAUGCGCAGCCGGACAAGACAAACAGGGCUCGGAGUGGCUCGACGACGGCGACGAAGAGCAAUCCGGUCCCCUUUCUCGAGCCUCACCCGACCCUUCCACUCUGGCGCCGGGCCGAUCGUCGCUUUUGGCACAACGAGCACCUGAUUCGCGACUUUGUCGAUGCUGGCUUGCAUGGGCUGGCGCUCCCUCUGAUGCAAGGCUUCUUCCAGGUCACGCCGCUUCCGAUCGAAAUCAACUCGCUCAGCCCUCCCGUGAGCGCCGAUGUCGCAGGCGAUGCCAUGGACGCCGUCUCGGAGGCAGCGUCUUCGGAACGCAUUGAGGCGCAGCUCCUCAUUAUCUCGAGGAGGUCCAAGGAGCGAGCCGGACUGCGAUACCAACGCCGAGGCACAAACGACGAGGGCCAGGUUGCCAACUACGUCGAGACGGAGCAGAUCCUCUACGUCAAGCGUGGCAACGGUCAGACACACCUCAUGACCUUUGUCCAGUUCCGAGGCAGUAUUCCACUCUACUGGAGCCAGAAUCCCUUCAACCUCAAGCCUCCUCCCGUGCUGGAGCGCAGCGCAGCAGAGAACAAAAAGGCCUGUUCAAGGCACUUUGACGUACAGGUUCAGCGGUAUGGCAAGGUUAUCUGUAUCAACCUGGCCGAGCAAAAGGGCAAGGAAGGCCAGAUCACGCAGGCAUACAAGGACGCCGUCGAGCAGCUCGAACGGCCCAACGAGGUCCAGUACCGCUCCUUUGACUUCCACAAGGAGUGUGCGGGCAUGAAGUUUGAGAAUGUCCGCAAGCUCUUGGACGAGGUCAAAGACGACGUCAUGGAGGAGAUGGACUGCUUCUGGUCCAGCGUCACCACGACCGAGUACCAGGGUCAGCAGGUCAACCAGAGGAGCACAUUUGCGAGGCAGAGGGGCGCAUUCAGAGUGUCGUGUCUCGACUGCCUCGAUCGAACCAAUGUCGUCCAGUCGGCCUUCGCCAGGCACAUGCUCCUGGUCCAGCUGCAGAGGCUUGGCUUCGAUAUUCCAUCGGCCAAGGGCGAGAAGGACGAAGCGUUCGACUUUGCGUUCAAUGACUCGUGGGCGAACAACGGCGACAUGGUCUCGCAGAUCUACGCAGGCACCAGAGCCCUCAAGGGCGACUUCACGAGGACCGGCAAGCGUAAUCUGAUUGGCAUGAUGAACGAUGCCACGGCAAGCGUCUACCGAAUGGUUCAGGGUGCGGUCAGCGACUUCUUCAAGCAGACCGUAGCCGACUUCCAGUACGGUCAGCUGUCUCUGUCUGCGCUGGAGCGGUACAACGACGACUUGGCAGCACAGGACCCCUCUGAAGGACAUCGGUUGCGUCGCGUCCGUGCAAGUGCUAUUGAAACGUGUGCUGCCAUGGUGCUGGAAGCGGACAAGCCCGAAGAGACGCUCCUCGCAGGGUGGACGCUCUUCUCGACCAUUGAGCCCAACAGUAUCGCUAGCAGCAAGCUAGAAGAAAAGGUGGUGCUCCUCACAACAAAGGCAAUCUACUGCUGCGGCUACGACUUUACCGCCGAGAAGCUCGUCGAGUUCUCGCGCAUCCUCCUCGGCGAUGUUGUCGGUAUCCAAAAGGGACUCUACCUCCUCGCGCCCAACGAGGGCUACCAUCCCGAGGACCACUGGGGCUUCGUCGUCUCCUUCCUGAACGAGGAGACGCGCGUGAACACGGCCUCGAUCAAGAACGUGCCGAAGGUUGCGGACGCCAAGGGCGCGACGAGCUUCUUGGCCUUCCGAGCGGUCUCGGACGAAUUCGCUGGCACGCUCACUAAGGUCCGCCGAGAUGCUGCCGUUGGCAAGCAAAAGUCCUCGUCAUCCUCGUCAUCGAGGGCUUCGAGCCGGUCCAGGGGCCUAUUUGGCUUUGGCCCGCGGUCUUCGUCGUCACGCUCUUCUUCCCUGACGGCCGCCGCCGCUGCCUCUGCUCCGACGGCCAUGGAGCGGCGCGAGGCCCUUGAGGCGGCGUCGAUAUCGGACGACGACGACGAUGGACCGACGCCAAGGAGCGGCCACGAAAUCGUGGACCGCAUCGUCGACUUGAUCCUCGACGAGUGCAUCCUGUCUGGCAGCGCAGACGAGGACGGACAGGACGGCUUCGUGACGGAAAAGACGAUCCAGAGCCUGGCCCAGGCAAAGCAGAAUGCAAGCCUGUUUGCGCCGCUCAUCGAAGGCAUCAAGAGGCGCGUCUGGCUGUAACGAUGUCCUUUGCCUUGUCCUUCGCCUUGUCCUUCGCCUUCUCCUUUGCCUUCUCCUUUGCCUUCUCCUUCUCUUUUCUAGAUUCAAGUUUUUCAGCCUCCAUGUUCAUGGAGAUAGGAUACCCCGACCAGAUUCACGGCCAAUUGCAGCGAUCCAUAUCACCGAUAAUACAGUAGCUAUGUCCUCUAUAACAUUCCUGCUAUUGCUUCGCACACACAGACACACACACUCUCUCAAUGGACACUUGAUCUCCUC